AUCCCAAAACCAUAUUAGAAACUCUCUCUCUCUCUCUCUCUCUCGCCUCAUCUCUCUCUUGUCCCUUUUCUCUCUCUGAAGAUCCAAUCUCUCUAUCUUCUAAUCUGUCUUUGCCCUCUGCCAUGGCGGAAGCUGUCCAUGGAGGAAAAGAAGCCACAAACAUCAAACUCUUUGGCACCACAAUAAAACUGCAAGGAAGACAACAAGCCACAGUGAAGGAUGAGGAGUCAAAUUCAACAUUGUUAGCCGAUGAUCAUCGUCAUCAUCGCCAUCAACAUCAACAGGCCGUAGAGGAGAUGAAGAGACCGAACAAGAUUAUCCCGUGCCCUAGAUGCAACAGCAUGGACACCAAAUUCUGCUACUUCAACAACUACAACGUCAAUCAGCCUCGUCACUUCUGCCGAGGUUGCCAGAGAUACUGGACUGCCGGCGGGGCCCUGAGGAACGUGCCCAUUGGAGCGGGUCGUCGGAAAAGCAAGCUGCCUCCGCCGCCCUCUGGGAAUAAUAAUUUCUUGUAUGAGUAUUCAAAUAACUCCGAUGUGCAAUCGUUCGGACUUAAUAACAUCAUUGUGUCAGAUGCAUAUUCCGGGCGGUUUCCAACAAGCUUUUCCGGCUAAUUUAACACAUAGGAGGAGAAAUGAAAAGGUUGAUUUGGGGUUGAAGUUCAUUGUUGAUCUUUCCCUUAUGUCAUCGUUUCCUAUGGAACAUUCAAUAUGAUCAAUGGGAAUGGGAACUUUAUUAUGUAUGUAUGUCGCGAUAAUUGAGCUUGU